UUGUGAGUCGUAGUGUUGUGGGGGAAACGAAGUCGUUUUGGGGAAAACCCCAUUUAAAAGUGAAAACCAAAAAUGAAAAAUUAUUAGAAGAACAACCUGGUUGGUUUCUGUCUGCUCUGUCUCUGUUUCUGUUUCGCCGCCGCAUGCUGCUUCUCCUGAACCACUGAUUCCAGAAAUCCGCAUUCCAAAGUCUGAAGUAAGUAGAUAAAGCAGGAGACAUGAAGCUGGAUGUGGAUGUGUUGAGAUACCUCACUAAAGAGGAUUUCAGGGUUUUAACCGCUGUCGAAAUGGGAAUGCGAAAUCAUGAAAUCGUACCCGCUGAACUGGUGGAGCGUAUAGCUGCGCUCAAGCAUGGUGGCACUUACAAAGUUAUGAAAAAUCUGCUCAAGCAUAAGCUCUUGCACCACGACGCCUCUAAAUAUGAUGGGUUUCGGCUAACGUACCUUGGUUAUGAUUUUCUUGCAAUUAAGACUUUGGUCAACCGUGGAGUCUUUUCAGCCGUUGGUCGCCAACUUGGUGUUGGAAAAGAGUCUGAUAUUUUUGAGGUGGCCACCGAAGAUGGUACAGUGAUGGCAAUGAAAUUGCACAGGCUUGGUAGAACUUCUUUCAGGGCUGUCAAGUCUAAGCGUGAUUACUUAAAACAUCGUAGCAGUUUCAAUUGGCUAUACUUGUCCCGUCUUGCUGCACUCAGAGAAUUUUCUUUUAUGAAGGCUUUAGAAGAGCAUGGUUUUCCUGUUCCAAAUGCAGUAGAUUGUAACAGGCAUUGUGUGAUUAUGUCACUAGUACCAGGCUACCCCCUUGUGCAGGUGAAGCAAUUGGAAAAUCCUGAGACAGUUUUCAAUACUAUCAUUGGGCUCGUUGUUCGUCUGGCAGAACAUGGUUUGAUUCACUGUGACUUCAAUGAAUUUAACAUUAUGAUUGAUGAUGACGAGAAGGUUACCAUGAUUGAUUUUCCCCAAAUGGUCUCUGUAUCACAUCGUAAUGCACAAAUGUACUUUGAUCGUGAUGUGGAAUGUGUCUUUAAGUUUUUCAGCAAGAGAUUCAACAUGUCUUUCCAUGAAUGCACAGCUGAUAUUGAUGGAACAGCAGUAGACACAGAUGAUAGUGGCAGGCCUUCGUUUACUUCAAUAGCGAAAGAUACUGGUUUUUUAGACAAGGAACUUUCUGCUAGUGGGUUUACUAGGAAGGAUCAGGAAGAAAUUGCUAAGUUUAUUGAAGGAGGGAUCAAGAAGGAUGCUAAUUCUGAUGAUGAAGAUACAGAAGACGAUGAGCACAUCUCUGUGUUAAAUGAAGCAAACACAAUGGGUGUUGAUUCACUGCAUGUGGCAGAUCAGACGUUACAGCAUGAUGAGCAAGUUGAACCAGAGGGCAAUGUAAGAACAUGUGAAGCAGGUCCCAGCAGUGAACCUGAAAAUGAAGAUGGGAGUAAUGAGGAGGGAGAUAAUGAGACAGUUAAUAAUGACAAUGAUGCUGAGCUGGAAAAACGCUUGAACAAGGUGAGGCGACGUGCUGUAACAGCAGCCCGUGGAGGACGAAAAACUUUUGCAUCCAGAAAUACCUAUAAAGACAAGGGUGGUAAAUCCUCUAACAGUUCCAAAAUCCAGAGACAAUUAAGUAGCUGGUAGAAUAUGUAAAGUGCCACCACAAAAUCCAAGAUGCCCACACAACUGAAGUGUAGAAGAUAUCAACUAGAGUUGCAUACCAAAUGGAGGUUGCACGCAGAGCACGGACCUUCUGCUUGCGCCAUAUGUAUGACAAUCUUUUUCUUAUAAUGAUGAUCAUGAGAUGCAUAAGUUUCCAUCAGUGUAACUUUUGUAGUCCUUGGCAAACAAGGGAGAAUA